GGGGUUUGUCGGUUUCCUCAUACUGCUACUCUGUGAGCUCUACAGCCAGACACCCCGCUGGCACGGGACGACAGAAACCCACAGGCACGGAGCCGUACGCACACUGUACACACUGCGCACACACUGCGCACACACCACGCACAGUGCACUCCGCUGAGACAGAGGGUAUGAGUGCCGCCACUCUCUGUUCACAGUAGGGCCAGGGUGUCCCGCGGGCAGCGGCGCUCUGACACCCACAUGAGGAAUGUACCGGCGCUUCGGAGCCUGGAGGACCGAGAUAUAACGCCCGCUGAGCUGGAUGCCCUGUGGAUUGAACCACCAUACACCCUGGAAGGUGCUGAUGACCUCUUUACAGGAAAUGACAUCAUGACCACAGGGGAGGAGGAAACGGAACCGGUGCCGGGGCUGGAGCCAGAGUCCAACCCAGACAGUUACUGGAAGAGGAAGGAGGCCUUCUGUGGGGGAAGCACGGUGUCGCUGGCCGUGGGGGAGCGCUUUUCCUCAGAGGUGUUGCUGCGGUUCAGUGGUAGGCGGCGCUCCACUGCAGAACCUGAUGGUGACCUGCAGGAGGCACUCCGGACGCGACUCAGGGUGGUGGAGAGCAGCAGCCAGGAAGUCACUCAGCUCUUCAAGGACCUGUCGGCUCGACUCCUCUCCGUGAAUGCUGAGUCAGACUGCUUCGUCAUCACCUUUAAGACUGUUGAGGAAAUUUGGAAGUUCUCUACCUACCUUUCCCUAGGGUACGUAGCCCGGUGUCUGGAGAACUUCCUCUGUGAUCAGACCUUCUGGCUGGAAUCUGCCAUACUGAGUGAUGUGGAGAUCUGUGUGACGGUGGAUGAGGAACACUUGGCCACCCUCUACCUAGGCCUGCUCUUACAGGAAGGUUCAUUCUUCUCAAAGGCCCUGUUCGACAGCAAGCACACAGAAGAGGAGGAACUGUCUUUCAAGAGGAAUGACUUGGUUCUGGUGAAGGACACUGGGCAGGAGACCAUGUGGGAGGGCACGCUGCUGGCUACGGGUCAGCAUGGCCUGGUUCCGGUCCAUGCCACGCAGCCCCUACCUUACCCAUUCUACCAGUGGUUUCUCAGAAAGUACCCAGGAAGUGCUGGAGGAUUCGCAGAUUCAAAGGGACAGUUUAACUGUCCGAUCAUGUCAGGUACCUGUGCGGCUGUGGUGGACCAUAAUCCUACAGGGCAAGACGAGCUCCAGUUCAGCCAAGGUGACAUUAUUGAAGUGGAGGGAUUCCUGCUAACCAGUCUGGAGUUUUUUGUUGGACGGCACACAUCCAGCGGCCAAACUGGAUUUGUUCACAAGGCCCUCGUGAGGCCAGAGAGCAUCAAGCCACUUGACGGACAAUUGGUCUUUCUGAGCGAAGAUGAGAGGGCAGCGUUGGCUCAGUUUAACCCCUGUGCCGAGCAGUGCCACAGCAACCUCUUGAAGAGGUUAUCCAGCACUGACAUCAGCACUGUUUACAGAUUAGACAAACUGAACAAACAUGACGUCAUGUAUAUUAAGAAUCAACCAAAACAAGAACAGAAAACUCAAAUAAGCGCGCGUCAAAGCCUCAUUUCGGAGAAGAGCGACAUGCUGCCUUAUCACUCUUCGCCCCGCUCCUCUGUGUACACCUCCCAGAUCCACCUUGAACGGGACUGUGAAGUGUUGUCUUUUAGCUUGGAUGACACCUUCAGGGAGAUGGAUGAGUUUGAGGAGGAUCCACAGCUCUUCCAGGAAGAGAGUAGCUGGGAGGUGGAAGAGGCAGAGUUGUGUAACCCCCUUAUAACCCUUCUGAAUCAGGAUCACUUUCAGGAGUCCUUCAGGUCCCUGUAUGACCUUUCCUACUCCUUUUUGGAGACCACCUUCAGCAGCUUCUCAGAGGAUGAAUUGCUCCAACACAUGGAGAGUGUGCGGGAAGGUGCGAAGAAAAGCCAGAUGCACUGGGCCCACCGGCGUUCCUGCUUCCUUCUGGGUCGACUCUGUGCCAAGAAGAACAAAUUCUCCCAGGCCAGAGUGUACUUGGAGGAGGCACUGGCCAUUCCAGUUGCAGGCUUUGCCGACCUCCCGCUCCUGAUUGCCCUCUAUACCAACCUCACAUCUGUUUAUCUGAAACAGAGGCUGGCUGAAAAGCUGGCACGCACCUUGGAAAAGGCCAGUGCACUUCUCCUUUGCUUGCCCCAGCAUGACUUCUGCUCUGUGGAUGAAUUUGAGCUCCUUAAGCUCCUCAUCCGCAGGUCCAUUGUAGAGAGUGACAAGCACCUAGAGGCUCGCACCUGCUAUCUUGUGGUGACCCUCUUCCUAAGGCUCCAGAAGCUGGAAGAUGCCUUGCCCUUUGUGGAGAGGCUACAGUUCCUCACCAUAAACCUCUCAGCUGAGGCUGCAAGGUCUAUUGCUCCUGUUAACCUCAACUGGCUGCUAAGCAGACUGUACCAUAAGAAGUACUUACCUCACCUCGCAAUAGCAUCACUGUCGCUGGAUGCAGGCUCUGACCGAUCCCUCCAGGAUGCGUUCCAAAAGAUUGAUUUGUUCGUCAGGAAUUCCAUGAGGCUCAACCCACAGUUAAGAGACGGGAUGUCGCCACUGCCUGCGCAGGUUGUAGUGUACCUUCAGCAGGCCCUGUCCAUCGCUAGCCACGGGGAGGACUUGAGAACCCAGAGAGACCUGUGUUUGAGUCUAGCCAGUGUGUACCAGCAACACGGGGCUCUGGAGAAGGCGGUUCAGUGCGCCCAGCGAGCAGUGCAGACGGGAGGCCACAUCCGUGAGGAGGAAGGCUUCGAGGCCUCUGUGCUGCUGGCCUGGUUGCUGGUUCUCACGGGACAGCAGGAGGAGGCCUCGGCCACCCUGCAGCCCCUCCUGCAGUCACUGCAUGAGGCGGAUAGUCCAACUCAGUGCGGCGUGGUCCACAACCUCCUUGCUCUCAGCUUCAGGCAGCAAGGGCACUUGCAAGAGGCAGCGAGGAACUUCCACUGCGCCCUCCAGAUCUCAAGGGAGAAUGGAAACAAGAGGAAUGAGGCGCUGGCACUGGCUAACAUGGGCUGCCUGUCUCUGUCUGUCGGUGCCCCAAUGCUGGCUCACUGUUUCCUGCUCCGGUCCCUACACCUCUUCCUUGAGCUCUCGGAAACUCCUACGGAUGCGGAGCACGUGCAGGCUUACCUGUGGCUAGGGAGGAGCUACAGGGAUAGAGGCCUGAACCAGGAGGUCAGGAUUUGUUAUGAGAUGGCUUUGCUGAUUGCCAUCAAUGCCAACAACAUUCACAGUCAGAUGGUUGUGGCAAAGGAACUGAGCCUUUUGUAUGCUGAAAUGCUCCUGUAUGGCCAGUGUAUAAUCUAUUAUGAGCACUGUGUGCGGUUGUCACGGGAACUGAAGGACAAGAGGCUGGAGGGAGAGUUCCUUGAGAUCCUUAGCAAUCUGUACCUCUCAUUAAACACAGAGAAGUCAUCAAGAAAGUCCCUAGACUACACCAAACAGAGCCUGAGGAUCUCCAUAGAUCUCGGGAAGAGGGAGGAGGAGUCUGAGACAUGGCUGCAGGUCGGAAGGAUCUACUACCUGAUCCAGGAGGAUGAGCUUGCUGACAUGUACCUCCAGGCUGCUGUAAGGACUGCGCUGAAGAUGAGUGACCCACACUUCGCCAUGAGCAUAUACGAGGAGGCUGGAGACGUGUAUUUCAAAGGCCACAGGAAUCGACUGGCUGCCCUGCCCUUUUACAGAGAUGGGAGUCUCCCCUUUGCCAGAAGCAUCAAGGACGUGCAGUCUGAGUUUCGGCUGCUAAGCAAGAUUACAGAACUCUUGAUGAACCUGGGUCAGCAUGAGGAAGCCCUGCAGUACGCCAUUCUUGCCGUGCAGAUCAGCACAACCACGGGUGUGCAUCUGAAGGAGAGGGUAGCUUUUCAUCGCCUGGCCACAGUCUACUUUUCACUUGAGCAGUAUGAGCUUGCAGAAAACUAUUACCUCAAGUCCCUGUCUCUCAGCUCCCCCGUCCUACAGCAGCCCGAAGAGGCCAGAUACUUUGUCAAGGUGUACUGUCGCCUGGGAGACAUCACACUGCACAAGCUCAAGGAUGCCUUUGAUGCUGUCGGCUACUUCCACCUGGCCCUGGCCGCUGCCCUGGAGGACCGGGAAAACCUCAAAGCUCUCUAUGUGGUCUACAUGAAGCUGGCAGAGAUCCACGCCAACCACAUGCCUGACACAGAACUGAGCCAGGCCUACAGGGACAAUGCCCAGGCCCUGCGGAAGGAACUGGAUGGGGACACGGACACCACUGCAUAGCCCCCGCAGUGCGGAAGGAGGAAAAGGAAAAAGUCUGAUUUCCCCAAAUAGGCUAUUCUAGAAGAAUGGAGCAGAUUUGUAGAAACUUUACACCAUUCCUUCUCCAUUGGAAACUUCUAAUCGGCCUUUGUUCGUGCUCUUCGUGCUCUUCGGUGCCUUAAUUUUCUCACCUGUGUUUACGCUUCUGCAUGCAGUUGGUGCUCUCACAUGGGUCUGGAACAGUGUAUCAGUAUGCAUCCUGUGUUUCAGCUCUCAGAUGAUGAUUGGUGAAAAUACUGUGGACAAAAACAAAUGACUGUUGCUAAAUGCAAAUUUUUGGAUUAGGAUAUGAAAAUAACAAGCAAUUAUAGCCAAGUGAUCUUUAAAUGUAAAUAUUUUUCUUCUUCUCCUAGGAGAAUGACCUCGCCAUGUGUUCUUUGUAUAUAGGAUACAUUUACAGCAUUUUGUCAGUGUAAUUUUAAUUUUGAGAUUGUAAAGUAAUUAACUUUUUGAUCUAAUUCUUUAUUUAGGUUUUUUUUUUUUAAAAUAAGAGAAAAAAUUUGACUCUGGGAGUCCCGCUGUGUACGCUGCUCUCUGUUUUCUUUAACACAAAACCCCAGUCCUCUUAAUAAUAAGGCACAAAGUGUGUUCAGUUAAAUUUAUAAUUAACAUUGAAAAGUAAUUAGUGCAUAAUUAGUGCACCAUUGCUUGAGAUGCUGUACAUCUCCGUCUGUGUUUUUUUUUUUUUUUUUCAGUCUUUUUGAUUUUGUUUAUUUGUUUAGGUUUUACUUGGUAAAACAUGUUAUAGCCAGGACUGGGACAGUGGUUUGUGAUUCUUAACAGGAACCCUAUGUAUUCAUUGCUUAGGGGUCCAAGGUGUACAGGUACACCUUACCCAGGGAAUGCACAGAUUUUGCACAGAAAAUAUUGUCAUUACACUCCAUCACAAUCAUUGCAUAUCUCCAACAUAUGGACAUCAAUUAAUUAAUUAACUUCACAUAAUACACGUAAGCACAGGAGGUUUUGGAUUAAUUAUUUAAGAAUGUAUUUUGUUUAAAAUACAUGAAAUAUUGCGCGGUAGUAAAUGUAUUGUGGUAAAUUUCCCGAAAAAUGCACCCGAAGAAAUAUUUGUGUUUUAUAUUAGUGUUAUUAAAUAUUAGUGUUUUUCUAAAAUUUCGCUAAACUAUGGAUAUUCAGCUCUUAGUAAUUGUUCAGCCGCUCUCAGAACGUCACUUUUAAAUGAUGGAAUAGAGUGUGGAUUGCGUGUCGCUGCAGUUUUCGGAGAGCAGGGUCAGCAUUUAAAGGAGUUCUGUCGCCAUCUGUUGGAAGGUGUUCGCAAUGACACCGCCGCCCUGAGCGCUGGUUACGCGCAGCAGUACUGGACUGCGCUGUUUGCGCGAUUCCCGGCUGCAAUCUGCUCGUGCGAUCUGCCUGCUGUUUUCAGCACAUCAUAGAUCUUCAGCAAAGCUGCGGUUACAUUAAAUCAGAUUUAGAAAAUAUAAGUCAGCACUGAAUUAUUACUUGUAUAUACCCACGAUCCGGUUGGACCGCAGUCCUGCUCUCCGGUGGGUCUGGGGUUCGA